CUCCUGGGAGUGACCAAACUCCACCAGGCAACCAGACUCCACCGCAUCAACUUGGCUUUCUUCCAGAACGCCCGACAAGUUUGAAGUGACAGAGUGAUCAAACCAAUCUAGACAUCUGUGUCGAAGCUCUUGCCUGCCGAGUUCUUUCACCCGGGUCUGGUUAACCCUUCUUGCUUGAGUCGUUUAACUUCUCUGAAUCGAACAAUAAGCCCUGGUGCCGAUCCAUCGCAGAAUAACAAGUAAUCCGCAUCGAACAUGUUCGCACUCGCUUCUCGUGCAGCAACGACGGCAGUCUACCAGCCGUUCGCACUUCGCGCUGCAGCGCCGCAUCGCGUCGGUUUACAGCGAGGCAGCGUGCGCUCGCUGGCUACGCUGAAGAAGGUCAUGUACACAGCUCACGCUUCUGCUUCGGGCGCUGGGCGCAACGGCAAGACAGAGUGCGAGGAGAAUGGACUGAGCUUGCAGCUUGCCAUGCCAAAGUCGCUUGGCGGGACCGGCAUGGGAGCGAACCCUGAGCAGCUUUUCUCGAUGGGCUAUGCAGCCUGCUUCCUCUCCGCACUGCAUCUGGUAGCCCGCAAUGCCAAAGCACAACUCCCUGAAGACCUGUCCGUCCGUGCAGACGUCCACCUUGGUCAGCCAGACAAUGGAAAGCCUUUUGGCCUCGCUGUCGAUCUCGUUGUGGACACAAAGUCCGGAAGCAAGGAUGAACAGCUGAAGGAGCUCGUAUCCAAGGCGCAUGAGGUGUGCCCCUACAGCAAUGCUACGCGCAACAAUAUCACUGUCAACCUGAAGGUCUAGGUUUGCUGCAAUUGCCACAAAUGGCUCCCACCUUCACCGCCUCGCCAGCAUUGGCAAGAACGUUCCGAGAGUGGAAGCUCCUCAAAUAGGAUAUCGAGCCGAAUGCAAUGAAGAGAUCACAUGAGAGUUCAUAAAGAAAUAAAUCACAGGGUUCAGUGGCAUGAUGAA